AUGACGUUACCAAGGUUACGGCACUCUCAGGCGUCCUUGCUAACUUCGGCCACUGCACCGCAUUGUAGGGCAGGCCUUCGAUUGUGUCUUGUCUGCGAGGCACUUGUCCGCUGUCUCGGCCAAACUCGGCCCGUCGUCAGCUCUGUCUGGCUCGGCUUUCUUGUUGUUCGUCGAAGUGACUUAAGCCACCGAUUGCCUGGUCGAAAGCCCAGUCUUGGUUCCAAAAAAUCAAAGAAAUAA